AUGCAGGAAGACACAACUUCAACGGAAAGUGCAAGUCGCGACCCCGAACGAGAUCAACUCAGCGAUACGUUUCUUCUAAACAAAUACGACUUGAUUGAUGUACUAAAGUUUCUUUUAUUUUUCCUUUUUCUUUCUUUUCUUUAUUACUUUUUCCAUUUCACAAUUUUAGGUUUAUUUUCUAUUUGCUAUUUUUGUUCUUUUUUUUCUCUUUCUUUUGAUCAAUUGCUUUGUUUUUAUUACGAUUUUUUGGUUUUUCUUUUUUUCUUCAUUGUAUUUCAUUCUUUUCUUACAUUCGUCGUUUUUUCCUUUAACAUUCCUUCUCUUCUUCUUUAUCUGCUAAUUUCAGUUUUCUUUGUCUUCUUCAUUUGUCGCUUCUUCCAUUUUCUUUCAUUUAUGCAUUUUGCAUUUAUUCAUGCCAAAUAUGUUAAUCCCUCUUUUUUCCUUCCUUCUUUUUCUUAUUUUUUCUUAUUUCUUACUUAUCUUCUUAUCUCCACUUCCCUACCUUUUGCUCACUUAAUUACAUUUGCUAGAAUUGCCAAAAAUAAAUACUCGACACUGAUUUUUGACACUCAUGAGUUGCGACAAUAUUUUAAACUCUUGGUGUAUAUAUCUUUCCUUCUGUCUGUUUCUCUCUAUCUCUUCCUAAUAUGUCUCUCGUUAUUCCUCCUCCUCCCUUCUCUGACUCAUUCUUAUCCUCGCUCAUUAUCUCUCUCUCUCUCUCUCUCUCUCUGUCUUUUAUUUCUCUUUCAUUCCAUCUCUCUUCUAAUUUGUCUCUCCUCUUCAAUCAUUCAGUCUCAUUUCCUUGCUUCUGACACUCUUUAUCUCUCUCACACUAUCCCCUACCUGUCUCAUCCUCCAUGCCCACCCCCUCUACGCCAUGACUAA